CCAUCUUUUGUAUAUCACCUGCCAUUCAUAUCUUACACUCUUCUUGAAAGUGGAAGAAGAAACAAAAAGAAAGUAGCUUAUUCUUCUAUCCUCACUUUUAGAAAAUUCCAAUUGUGUCCAAAGUUCUUUUUGUUCAUUCUCUUACAGCAAGUCUAUAAAUCUCUUUGGCUUUUAAGCCUAUUUUCUUGAGAUAAUGAAGCAAGUUCUUCUACUUCUUCUUUUGCUUUUAUCCACUUUAGUCCAUGAAGCACAAGCUAGGGAUAUUCCCAUGUUAAAGGAAAAUGCUCUGAAAGAAAGAAGUGAUGAUGGAGGUUCUGGGGAAGUGAGUAUUUGCAAAGAUGGCCAUUGCUCAUCAUCAUCUUCAGGAAGAAAUAGGAAACUUAUGACAAAAACAACUUCUACUACUAGUCCAAUUACCACAACUUCAACAAAGAAUAUCAAGAAUGAAGGAAAUAAAGCUCACCAUGACAACACCAUAUUGAAAGGCCAAUCAAGUUGUGAAAAUUUCUCAGUCAAUUCGUCACCGGAAACCGGUCACCAGAAAACGUCCUCCGAGCACUAUCCCGACGUGCUAGACUUGGCCGGAAUGGAUUAUUCUCCGGCAAAGAGAAAACCUCCAAUUCACAACUAAGAUAUAUGAUAUGAAGAAGUUAUUGGAAAAUAUUUGUAGUUGAAAAAAAACAAAGAAAAUAUUAUGUAGCACUUAAAUUAGAAAGAACCCUUAGAAAAAAGGGAUCAAAGAGUAGUGGAGACAGCAUUCAGAAAUGAUGCCCUUCUUUUAGGAUUAAGAAGAUUUUGUACAUAAAAUAUUGUGGUUACUUAUAUAUUAUUAGUUGAUGAUUGAGUCAUAAUUACUUUCAUGUAUGGCUAAUUAAGUAGCCUUUGUAACCUAUAAAAUAUAUUAUAGCCGCGAAGUGCCAAUUAUUAAAAAUAUUCUACCAUCUUACAACUAA